UCCACGAACAAGUAAACUCCGACAAAUAUUUAUUUUGACCGAUUAUUAUGGAGACUGAUUGCUUCAAAGUGAAAGUAGCAAGAGGAAACGAACGAUUUUUGGUUUGAUUUUCCUUCCAACUCCAAUAUUUGAGGAUAAACUAUUUUAAAGCGAUGACCAGUUAAUAUAUUACGAGAAGCCUAAGUACGUUGCUUUCAAUGUGUGUUGCAACUGGAAAUUUCCGUAGCUGGUUACGACCAGUCGUCAUUUCUUUGUACUUUGUACUUCUGUGUGUUGCACUUCCCCUCACUGUUUGGGAAUUGCACAGAUCCAGAGCUGAAACUCACGUGCAAGCCUGGUUCAUCGCAGGAUGUUUUGUUUUCUUGACAAUCCCCAUCUCUCUCUGGGGAAUUCUUCAACAUUUGGUAAAUUAUACGAAACCAGAGUUACAGAGACGAAUUGUGAGAAUUAUUUGGAUGGUUCCAAUUUAUGCAACAGAUAGUUGGCUCGCUCUUCGUUUUCCAAAAGCAGCUAUAUACCUGGAUUCCUUGCGAGAAUGCUAUGAAGCUUAUGUGAUAUAUAAUUUUAUGACAUUCUUAUUGGCGUACCUCAACACUGAAUAUGACUUUGAAGAGAAAUUAUCCCGCAAACCUCAAGUGGAACAUUUUUUUCCUUGCUGUACCUUGCCACCCUGGAAGAUGGGAAGGACAUUGAUAAACAGAUGUAAACAAGGGGCAUUAUCUUACGCCGUUAUAAGGAUCCUGACUACUGUGAUUGCUUUCUGCACAGAGUUGGCUGGCAAAUACCAUGAAGGAGAUCUGAGCUUCGAAUCGGCAUGGAGUUACAUUGUGGUGAUAAACAACUGUUCACAAGUGUGGGCAAUGUAUUGUUUGGUAUUGUUCUAUAAAGCAGCCCGUGAUGAGCUCAAGCCUAUAAAACCCUUUGGAAAAUUUCUGUGCAUUAAACUUGUGGUUUUUGCUUCUUUCUGGCAGGGUGUCUUGAUAGCUGUUCUGGUUAAGGUAUGCCUCAAAGAAAAAUCUUGAUACUCUGUUCAUUAAUUAAUUUAUGAUCAUAUUGUUAAAAU